UCGGGUCACGGCAGCAUGCCCGGGCCGCUGCGGGUGCCGCUGGGGCCUGACGGAGUCCGAGAGCGGCGCCGGGCUCUUUCGGGCCCACUACGGCCCCAACCCUCCUCAGGAAACCUCUGCCCACUGAGGAAAGGCCGCAAAAACCGUUCCGCUCGGAGGGGAGAAGAGCCGCAGGCCGAAGCUAGGCCUCGCAGGGGGCAGCGGCCACCUCCUCGCGUUCGGCCUCGUCCACUCGGCCCGCGGAGAGCGCGGGGGGCGCUGGGAGCCGCAGCCACGCAUGCGCCGCCUGCCACCAAGCGCCGCGGGGCCCGCGCGAGGCGUCCUUGCGGGCGAGGGGCUGGAGGAGGGGGCCCGUGUGGAGGACUCUCGCGAGAGCGCGCUGCGCGGCGACUGGGCGCCGAGGGUCCUCCCGGAGCGGAGGGACACAGAGGGACUCUAGGGCACCUGUCAUCGCGAACAGUAUGGGAGCGGGAGGCGAGUGCCGCUUCAGGCGGAGAAUCCAGGCGGUGGCGGGACCUCCCUGAGGUGGAGUUGCCGCCACCGAGGCCUGGCUGCCGGGGAAGAAGAGCACGGGAGCGUGGACUCGUGUUGCUGGCGGAGGGACACGGAGUUGCGGCGGAGGGAUUUGGACCGUGUUCCUGGACCAGGGCCGCGGUCGGGGCUGGAGUGGGUCACCAGACCCCAUGGGACUUUCUUGCCCUGGCGGAGGCGCACGUGUGGCCUUUGCCUUUGCUUGCGGAGGGAUCUGUGCGUGGCUCCAGGUCUUUCCUGGCGCUGUCCCAGCUCAGUGAUUUCUUGUUGCCCCUGGCGUUGGGGAGGUGGAUGUGGUCGAGCUUGAGGAGAAGGGGGCAGAGGGGUCUCGGGGCCAGCGUUCCGCCACCCAGGCCCGAGCUUGCUCCCUCAUGGUGCUGCCCCUGUCCCCGAUUUCAUAGACCGGCUUUCCCUCUCGAGCACCUACUAUAUGCCAGGCUGCGCUUUGCGCGCUUGGCAGAGGCAACAGUGUCACCAGGGGGUGCUGGUUUCUCCCCAAGGGGCUUUUGUCUGUCCCUUGUUGCAGAGCUAGCGCAUGAGACCAAGUGUGUCAGUCAGGCCGUUCAGCCUUCAGUGGCCAUGGAAUUGGAGAAGUGGAAGCGUAGCUCGCAAGUCAAGCUCUCAGCUCUUGAAAACUGAGAAGUUACAGGUAAUAGGGAAAUAGUUGACGAAAAGUAAAACUGAAAUAUUUGAAGAGAUUUAUUCUGGACUAAAUACGAGUCACCGUGGCCCGUGACACAGCCCUCAGGAGGGCUUGAGAACAUGUGUCAAAGGUGGUCGGGGUGCAGCUUGUUUUUAUACGUUUUAGGGAGGCAUGAGACAUCAAUCAAAUACAUUAAAGAAAUACAUGGGUUUGGUCCAGGAAGGCAGGACAACUCAAAGGGGUGGGGGUCGGGUUGGGGGCUUCCAGGCUAUAGGGAAAUUUAAACAUUUUGUACUUGACAAUUGGUUGAGUUUGUCUAAAGACCUGGGAUUGAUAGAAAGGAAAUGUACAGGUUAAGAUAAAAGUGGAGACCAAAGUUCUUUUGAAGUCUUAUGGUGGCUGCCUUUAGAAAUAAUAGAUGACAAAUGUUUCCUAUUCAGAUCUUCAAAAGGUGUUAGACUUUUAGUUAAUCUGUUUAGGAUUGGGAGGACCUGGAAGAAAAAGAUCUAGCUAUGUUAAUAGAUGUUCUUUACAGAGGCACAUUUUCCCCCACAAAGGAUAGGUUUUGGGGGAAAAUGCUGUCCUUUAUGGAAGAAAUUGUAAAAUAGGGCAAAGAAACAUGUUUUGGGGUAAAAUAUUUUGACUUUCUUCUUUGUCACGUAAUGUUAUGCCAGAGUCAGAUUGGAAAGUAAGUCAUCAUAUACAGGGUUAAAUAAAACCCAUCUGAUGAGAAUUUAUGGUUUGUAGGGCAUGACUCCCCAGAUCCCUUAGAUAGGAAUUUGGGCAAGAUUUAGAAAAUCAGAGUUUAGGCCGGGCGUAGUGGCUUAUGCCUGUAAUCCCAGCAUUUUGGGAGGCCAAGGCAGGUGGAUCACUUGAGGUGAGAAGUUCAGGACCAGCCUGGCCAACAUGGUGAAACCCUGUCUCUACUAAAAAUACAAAAAUUAACUGGGCAUGGUGGUACACACCUGUGAUUCCAGCUGCUCGGGAGGCUGAGGUGUGAGAAUCGCUUGAACCCGGGAGGCAGAGGUUGCAGUGAGCCGAGAUAGUGCCACCACACUCCAGCUUGGGUGACAAAUUGAGACUGGGUCAAAAACAAAACAAAACAGAAAACAAAAAACAUACAAAUCAGAGCUUAGUCCUCAGGUGUCCUUAAUGAAGGGGCUGGACAUUAAGAGCAAGGCAAGGAGGCAGAAGGAACGCUUGAGCCCGGGGAAUUGGAGACCAGCUUGGGCAACACGGUAAGACCCUGUCUCUAAAAAAAUAAAAAAUAAAAAAAUAAGAACAGGAGGAGGAAUAUUCAUGUUUUUUUUUGGGAAGGGAGGUAGAUUUUCCUGGAAUCAAGGAGCUACCUGUUUUUUUUUCCUUUUUUGGUCUCUUCGGGUCAUGAUGGUGAUUGUCAACUGUCAUGGCGCCAAUGGGAAUGUCAUUUAGUACUGAAGUUGGAUGAGGAUGAAGCUAGAGGUUCUUGAGAGGUGGAGGAAGCUAAGAAGGAACCUAUGACCACAGACAUCCUGUUUUCUAAAAAUAAGCAGAGUUAAAUCUGAGUAGGCAUUUAGCUAUGUCAUGGAGGCAUUGCAUUGGGUAACAAAAGCCAGGUAGGCGUCCAGCUAAGUCCCCUAGGCCCUGCAACGGGUAACAGCAGUACUGACUAUGUUAGAGAAAAGCUUGCUUGCUUGAGUAUAAUUAUUGUUUUGCCUGAUUUUGUAAAUUAUUCACUAAAAACAGUCACAGCAAAAACAGGACCUUACACACAGACCAGCAGCUCUGGGAACGGGCUGAUGGUCCCUGCACAAUCUAGUCACAAGGCAUUGACCAAGAAAGUAAUAAUUAACUGCCCAUCUGAGACUGUGCAUGAUUGACGAGAAUGUUUUUUGUUUUGUUUUGUUUCUUGGGACAGUCUUGGUCCGUCGCCCAGCCUGGAGUGCAGUGAUCUUGGUUCACUGCAGCCUCUGCCUCCUGAGUAGCUGGGACUACAGGUGUGCACCUCCGCACCUGGCUAAUUUUUGUAUUUUUAGUAGAGAUGGCGUUUCACUAUGUUGGCCAGGAUGGUCUCGAACUCCUGACCUCAAGUGAUCCACCUGCCUCAGCCUCCCAAAUUGCUGGGAUUACAGGCAUGAGCUACUGCCCCUGGCCCACAAGAAUGUUUUGAUCAUUAUUUCUCCUAAUUUUCCUUAAAAUUCCUGGAUCUAGAGGCACAACUGAGAAAGGUGGUCUUUGAACGCUAGUGCACUGCCUUUUGCAGGUUGCUGGUUUCUUGAAUAAAGCUAACUUUACGUUCGCCAAA